UCUGAUGUGGCUGCUGAGGAUGACAGGGAAUCACAUCCUGUGCCUGUGGCCGUCUCACUUCCCCCAUUCCAUUAUCAUACUCCUCGAAUGGGAUAACGUGAAAUUCAAUUCUAAAAAAAGAAAAAAAGAACAACUAAUUUAGUUCUACUGUCUUCAAUGGAGAAUCUGGUGAUCCUCCCUCGCAUAUGCAGACCUCCUAUUCCUCUUCUCUCCAAACGAGAAACACCUUUUGAAUUGUCGGCGAAGGCCACCAAGGCCGCAAUUUCUUUCGACAAAGCCUUCAAACAAGCGUCAAAGAAGAGGGACCCAAUAAUCACCGACACCCACUUGAAUUACCUCUGCAAAAAGGGUCGUCUCGGUGAAGCCAUAACAGUUCUCGACGCCAUUGCCCAACGAGGGUCCAAGGUAGGAUCGGAUACCUUCAGCCGCUUGUUGCAGUCUUGCAUUGAUUUGAACUCUAUUCAACUGGGUCGCGAGCUUCAUGCUCGCAUCGGUCUGCUUAGAGAGCAGGAACCUUUUAUUGAUACCAAACUAGUGAGUAUGUACUCCAAGUGCGGGUAUUUGGAAGAUGCCCGCGACGUUUUUGAGAAAUUGGCUGAGAGAAAUUUGUUUACUUGGUCAGCUAUGAUUGGUGCGUGUUCAAGAGAGCAGAGGUGGAGGGAAGUAAUAGAACUUUUCUUUUUGAUGAUGGAGGACGGAAUUGUCCCAGAUGAUUUUCUUUUUCCAAAGGUUUUGCAGGCUUGUGGGAAUUGCGGGGACAUUGAGGCUGGGAAAUUGGUGCACUCAUCAGUGGUUCGAAGCGGAAUGAGUUCCUGUGUCCGCGUUUGCAAUGCAGUUUUGGCAAUGUAUGCAAAGUGUGGGAGCUUGAGUUUGGCAAGAAGGUUUUUUGAGAAAAUGGAUGUUAGGGAUGCAGUUGCAUGGAAUUCAAUCAUAUCAGGAUAUUGCCAGAAGGGUGACAUUGAGGCAGCGCAGAAAUUCUUUGAUAUGAUGCGUGGGGAGGGAAUUGAACCAGGUUUGGUAAGUUGGAACAUAUUGAUAGCUAGUUAUAGCCAGUCAGGAAAAUGUGAUGUUGCAUUGAAGAUGAUGGCAGACAUGCAGACUUUUGGGGUGGCUCCAAACGUAUUCACUUGGACUUCUUUAAUUUCAGGGUUUGCUCAAAAUGACAGGUCAAUUCAGGCAUUGGAACUUUUUAGAGAGAUGCUGCUGACAGGGGUUGAACCAAGUGGGGUUACACUUACAUGUGGGAUUUCAGCAUGUGCAUCUUGUAAAGCUAUAAGGGAGGGGAAGGAACUCCAUUCCACUGCAGUUAAGAUGGGAUUAAUUGGAGAUGUAUUGGUUAGAAAUUCACUCAUAGACAUGUAUUCUAAGUGUGGUGAACUUGAAGCUGCUUGGCAGGUCUUUGAUAUGUUUUCAAAGAGGGAUGUUUACACUUGGAACUCCAUGAUUGGAGGAUAUUGCCAAUCUGGCUACUGUGGCAAGGCUUAUAAUCUCUUUGUGCAAAUGCAGGAAUCAGAUGUAUCGCCAAAUGUUGUCACGUGGAAUGUGAUGAUCUCAGGGUAUAUGCAAAAUGGCGAUGUAGAUCAAGCCAUGGAUAUUUUUCAGGAAAUGGAAAAAGAUGGUUUAAUUAAGCGGAAUACAGCAUCGUGGAAUUCUCUUAUUGCAGGUUACCUUCAAAAUGGGCAAAAAAACAACGCAUUACGUAUAUUUCGACAAAUGCAGUCUUUGUCCUUUGAACCCAAUUCAGUUACCAUACUGAGUGUCUUACCUGCUUGUGCAAAUUUAGUUGCAGCAAAAAAGGUAAAAGAGAUUCAUGGUUGUGUAUUGCGUAGGAAUUUAAAGCGCGGGCUUCCUAUUGCAAAUUUACUUAUAGACACUUACGCCAAGUCAGGGAAUAUAAUAUAUUCUAGAACCAUAUUUGAUGGAAUGUCAUCCAAAGAUAUUGUGAGCUGGAACUCCCUGAUUUCUGGUUAUGUUCUGCAUGGUCUUUCAAAUGCUGCACUUGGUCUCUUUGAUGAGAUGGGAAGGAUGGGACUCAAGCCCAACAGAGGUACUUUUGUUAGUAUAAUCUGUGCAUAUAGUCUAGCUGGAAUGGUGGAUGAGGGGAAGCAGGUUUUCUCUAGCAUGACUGAAGACUAUAAAAUUUUACCAGGUUUAGAUCAUUAUUCAGCUAUGAUAGACUUAUUUGGUCGCUCAGGUAGGCUUGGGGAAGCAGUUGAGUUCACUAAAGAUAUGACUGUACACCCUGACUCUUCCAUUUGGGCUUCAUUACUAACUGCUUCUCGAAUACAUGGGAAUAUUGGAUUGGCAAUUCAUGCUGGGGAAUGCCUACUUGAGUUGGAACCUGGGAACACAUUGAUUCACCGAUUGAUUUUACAGAUUUAUGCUGUAUAUGGGAAGUCUGUGGAUUCCUUGAAAAUGAAAAAGCUGGAAAAAGAGAAUGGUGCUAUCAAAUCUCUUGGGUCGAGUCGGAUUGAAGUUAAAAACAGAGUGCAUACAUUUGUUGCAGGUGAUUUCUCUAAACCAAAUUCAGACAUUUUACUUUCUUGGAUAAAAAGCAUAGAGAGGGAAGUUAAGGAACCUGAUAUUUGUCGUGGACUUUGCAUUGAGGAAGAAGAGACGGAAGACAUUGGUGGCAUCCACAGUGAAAAAAUUGCAUUUGCUUUUGCUCUUGUUGGCCCUUCUCAUGCAGCUCAAAAUAUACGGAUAGUGAAGAAACUGAGAAUGUGCAGAGAGUGCCAUAGAACAGCCAAAUUUAUCUCCAUGGCAUUUGAGUGUGAAAUAUAUUUGAGUGACUCAAAGCGCUUGCACAUUUUCAGAAAUGGGCUUUGUUCUUGUGGGGAUUAUUGGUAGAUUGUAGAAGAAUUUGUCAGAAUUGAUCAUGAAAUUGGUUUGGAGGAAUUUGGUCAGACAAUUCAAAGGAACCAAAACUUUGUUCAAGGCACAUCAAGUUGUCAUGCAUCCUUAUAUUGUCAUAGAUGAGUACGUGGGCAUAGGUGGGGAGUCAAAUGUUUUUGGCACUUAGCAGCUACAGAGAACGAGAUAUGCAUCUAUCCCUAAUUUAUUUGUUUGGAAGGCUUGAACGUGUGAGAGUUGGCUGACUUGUCGAGGGAGAGCUCUCAAUGAGUGCCACACGGCCCUUACUUGAGUCCCAUUUUGGGGGUCCGUGACAGUUGGUAUCAGAGCACAGUGUGUGCGAGCACCUUGCGUGGGAUUAUGAGAAAUAAGUCAGGAAGAGUGAAGCGCAUUGAGGCGCUUGAGACAAAACUUGCAACCCUGGAGACAACGUGCGGUGACCUCCAAGGGUUGGUGGCAACAUUGAUAAAAGAGAAAGGCGUGUCAACAGAGCUUGAGGCCGCCGAAGAAAAUCCUAGAGAAAAUCUCUAUGGGGUAUCAAAAGUCGUAGAGAGACUUGAGGAACUUGAAAAAUUUAUUCCAAGUGUGAAAUCCCUGGAGAAACGGCCAAGAGAGCUUGAGGCCUUCUAGAAGAGUAUCGAGCAGUUGGAAGCCUUUGAAAGCAGGCUACAACAUAUUGAGGGCAUAUUGCCAUCUCUUUCGUCCCAACGGGGAGAGCCAAUAGAGCUUGAGGCCUCCUUACGGGAGCUAACGGAUAAUCUUGAUUUUCUUACAGAAGAUGUUAAAGCGUCCAGUACUGCUUUGAAGGAAGAUUUGAAGGAGAUGGGCAAUGUCCAAAGUGCGGUGGUCCAAGUCCAGAGGGAUUUACAAGAGAUCACUGCAAAAGUGAAUGCAAUGGCACAGUUAGCCCGAUGGCCAGUUGCACAUCCAAAUGAGAGUUCUCGAUGGAAGGUACGAGAAUCUAAAAGUUUUGGGGGUACACGAGAUGCAAAGGAGCUAGACAAUUUCUUCUUUGAUAUGGAACACUACUUCACGUGCUCCCGAGUGGAUUUAGAAGUGGACCGGGUCAAUAUGGCAACGGUAUACCUGGUUGGGGAUGCAAAAUUGUGGUGGAGAACUAAAUGGAAUGAUAUUCAGCACAAUAGAUGUGUCAUUAACACAUGGGAGGGGUUGAAACAGGUGUUGAAGGCCCAAUUUUAUCCAGAAAAUGUGGAGUAUAUAGCAAAGUGCAAAAUAAUGGAAUUGCAACAGACGGGCUCAUUAAGGAGUUAUGUAAGGGAAUACCAAGCCUUGAUGUUGGACAUUGUAGACAUGACUGAAUCGGAGAAACUGAUUCAUUUUCUUCGGGGUUUGAAGACAUGGCCAAGAAAUGAAAUACGUCGGCAAGGUGCUGGUAAUCUCUCUUCUGCCCUCGCUGCUGCUGAACGGUUGGAUGAUUUUUCAGAUAAUUCUGGGAAGCGAAAUUUCCCUACAUCCGCCAAUAAUGAUUCCCGUCCCAACAAAGUCUAUAAGCCCACAAAUGGGGGCAGGGAUAGGGAGACAAAUAGUUCUUGGAAAGAUAAAAGAGCGCCCAUGAAUAGGGAGUGGAGGGGUGGACGAACGGGGGGUGGAGAGCGUCGACCGAUCUCUUGUUUUCUUUGCAUGGGACCACAUCGAGUGGCGGAGUGCCCCGAUCGUAAGGCUUUUAAUGCUAUAAAGGCCCUUCGAGGGGAAACCGAAACCUCGACGGCAAUUCCAGAAGAACAACCGAAUAUGGUGGGAGCCUUGAGAUUUUUGGGGGCAUUAGAGUGUCAAGUAAUUAACAACAAGUCUCAGGAGAAGGGACUAAUGUAUGUGGAUCUACUUUUGAAUGGAAAGAAAAUCAGAGCCAUGAUUGAUACAGGGGCCACCCAUAAUUUCAUUGCUGAUUCUAAAGCUCAACGGUUAGAAUUGCAAGUAGAUAAAGAUGUGGGUAAGAUAAAAGCAGUGAAUUCUCCAGCAUUAACCACGGUGGGGGUGGUACCUAAAGUGGCAUGCCAAAUGGGAUCAUGGUCUGGAACAGUUGAUUUCAUUGUGGCACCCCUUGACGACUUUGAUAUGGUAUUGGGGAUGGAUUUUCUUAAAGUGACACGCUCAAUGCCGAUCCCAGCUGCGGAUUGUCUUGUGAUAAUGGGAAGUGCACCUUGUGCGGUCCUCACAGCCUACAACAAUUUCGAUGAGAGGAAGUUGCUUUCCGCCCUCCAAUUCAAAAAGAGAGUAAAAAGGGGAGUCUUCUUUCGUGGUUCUACCAAUAGUUUCAGAAGAUGCAGAAGGAGGGAAAUAUCCACUUGAGAUUAAGGAAGUUUUAGAAGAGUUCAAGGAGGUGAUCCCGGAACAGCUACCGAGGGUUUUACCACCUCGACGACAGAUUGACCACGAAAUUGAACUUUUGCCAGGAGUAAAGCCACCAGCAUGUGCCCCUUAUCGAAUGGCGCCGCCUAAGUUAGCUGAACUUAGAAGGCAACUGAAUGAUCUUAUUGCAGCAGGGUUCAUCCGGCCUUCAAAAGCACCUUUUGGGGCCCCAGUGUUAUUUCAGAAGAAACAAGAUGGUAGUUUGCGCUUGUGUAUAGAUUAUCGGGCUCUUAAUAAGGUGACCGUGUGCAACAAGUAUCCCAUUCCACUGAUUGCUGAUAUUUUUGACCAGUUAAGUACAGCUAGAUAUUUCACGAAACUGGACUUGAGGUCGGGAUAUCAUCAAGUGCGCAUUGUUGAGGGAGAUGGACCGAAGACCACUUGUGUCACACGGUAUGGAGCAUUUGAAUUCUUUGUCAUGCCUUUUGGGCUAACAAAUGCACCCGCUAACUUUUGUUCUCUAAUGAAUCAGGUUUUUCGGGACUACCUUGAUCAGUUUGUGGUUGUUUACCUUGAUGACAUACUGGUUUUCAGCGCAUCCUUAGAAGAACAUAAAGAUCAUCUUCGAAAGGUUUUUCAAAAACUCAAAGAAAAUCAGUUAUAUGUAAAAGGGGAGAAGUGUGCUUUCGCUUAAAAGCGUAUUAAAUUCUUGAGGCAUAUCAUUGAGGAGGGCCAGAUUCGGAUGGAUUCAGCUAAAGUAAAAACUAUCAAGGAGUGGCGAGCACCUACAUCCGUUAGAGAACUGCGAUCUUUCUUGGGUCUAGCCAACUACUACCGAAAGUUUAUAGAGGGGUACUCUAGAAGAGUUGUAUUGUUAAUGAAUUUACUGAGGAAGGGGGUACCAUGGGGGUGGUCAAAAGAGUGCCAAUCAGCAUUUGUUGAAUUAAAGGAAAAGAUUGUAGGAGAUCCUGUGCUAAUCUUUCCUGAUGUGACAAAACUGUUUGAAGUGCAAGUAGAUGCCUCAGACUUUGCAUUAGGGGGAGUUCUCUUGCAGGAAGGGCAUCUAGUUGCUUUUGAAAGUAGAAAAUUGUCGAGUGCCAAACGGAACUAUACAGCACAAGAGAAGGAGCUUCUUGUAGUGGUACACUGUCUUCGGGUGUGGAGGCACUAUCUCUUCGGGUCCGUACAAAGGAAAUUGCCCAAAAGCCUACCAAUUCACGAAAAAUUGGUUGCAAAACAUCGAAGUCACCCGAGUUCAGUUAGAAAAAGCAUCAAAGCGCAUGAAGAAAUGGGCUGACAAAGGGAGACGACCACAACAAUUUGAAGCUGGAGAUCUGGUUCUUGUAAAAGUGCCGCCGGAGACAUUUCGCUUUCUUCGUGGCAAGGAUAAAAGGUUGUUACGUUGUUACGAAGGUCCAAUCAAAGUAAUCGAAAAGGUGGGACAUGCAUCUUAUCGGCUUGAGCAACCUGAGUGGAUGAAAAGCCACAGACGUCCAGUCCAUCCCGUGUUUCAUGUAAGCAAUUUAAAGCCAUUCCACACAGAUGAAGCAGAUCCGCACUGACAAAAAUUAAGGAGAUCAACAAUUUCCAGAAGGCAUCCUGUCACCAAAGAAGUCCAGGAGAUCAUUGCAGACAGAGUCGUCAAUCUAGAAGGUCGUCAACAACAAUAAUUUCUGGUUCAGUGGUUAGGACUAGGGGAAGAAGAGAAUAGUUGGGAAACAGCAGACAACCUUCAGCAUGCCAUACAGAAGAUUGAAGAUUUCAGAAAUUCGUAGUCAACGACAUCUACAUCGACAUCAGAAGAGUGAGAAGGCCGUCUACAACACAUCGACGAGGACAUCGAUAAAUUGAGUGGGGGAGGAUGUUAGGGUGUGACAAUGUAAUGGGGAAAAGGGGGAGUGAGAUACUGCUAUAAUUGUAUUCUUCAGGGAUUUGGAAUGAAUAUAUGAAUAUUUGUGUUA